AUGGAAGCAGCAAGGGGAAGAUCGAAAGAAAUCGUUCUAAUCGAUGUAGGAUCGUUGGCUUCUCCGCAGGAUGUACUGAGAGAUGCUGGUUUAUCCAUGCCCCAAAGUUACUGCAUCUUCAACAUCCCGACCAUACUCUUCAGGCACAACGAAAACUCAUUUCUCCCCAAUUGUUUCUCCAUUGGGCCAGUGCACCGUGGAAAAAACCACUUGGUAGCCACUGAGAAAAUCAAAAUGAAGUACUUGAAAGCUUGUGUUUCCAGGGUGAUUACAAGUCGUCACGGGACGAUGUCCCAAGAAUCCAAGGAGGUUGAAGAACAGAAAGUUUUAUCUGAUUUGAUUAAUUCUGUUAAGUCUAUUGAGAAACAGGCCAGUGCUUGCUAUGCAGGCUAUGAUUUUGCUGCGGAAUUGGGUGAUGAAUUCGUUAGAACAAUGCUGCUCGAUGGUGUCUUCAUUAUCGAGCUGUUCCAUAAAGAUUCCGAAAAGGUCAAGGAGCACGGUGACCCGAUUUUCUCUAUGUCAUGUAUGCUGCAAUAUCUGUACCAUGAUCUGAUCUUGCUUGAGAAUCAAAUCCCCUGGUUAGUGCUUGAACUGUUGUUUGAAAAAACCAGUCUCCUUAAUGAACCCAAGUCCCUGAUUGAACUUUCCCUUUUGUUCUUUGCUAAUACCUUCACUUCUCAUCCACCUCCUGUACAAACAUCACGUUUCAAAUAUCAAGAUAUCAAGCAUAUUCUUGAUUUGUUAAGAUUGUCCCUGGUGUUACCAUUCCAAGAAAUCAAAAACAAACUGACAACCGGAUGGCAACCGAUUCGUUCCGUCACAAGGCUCAAGGAAGCUGGCGUAAAAUUCAAGAAAGGCACAGCAGAUUCCGUCUUGGACAUAAAGUUUAACAACGGUUGUCUCGAAAUCCCGUCGUUGCUUAUCCAAGAGACGACCGAACCGAUCUUCCAGAACCUGAUCGCAUACGAGCAGUGUUUUGGACAUUGUCAACCUAUAUUCACUUGCUAUGCCAAGCUCCUGGACAACCUUAUCGACACCAACAAUGACAUGGAGAUACUGUGCAAGAACGAGAUCAUCGAUAACUGGCUGAGUCUCGAAGAUUCAACCCAGUUUUUCAAUAAUCUUUACAAUGAUACUUAUAUCAAGGAAUUCUAUUAUUUGGGACUUAGCGAUAAACUCGAUAGUCAUUGCAGAAGGUGGUGGCCUCGAUGGCGAGCAGCCUAUGUGCACAACUAUUUCACAAAGCCUUGGGCUAUUGCAGCGCAAAUUUAUGCUGUUAUCAUGUUUUUUCUCACAGUGUGGCAAACCUAUAUAAAAAAGGAUACCCCAGUUCAACAUUAA